AUGAAGAUGGUAAUAAUAAUAAAAAUAAGCUUUGUAAGCAUAUUAUUGCCAUUGUGCAUAGUAGCUGCGGUACAAGAGUCUUCAGAAGAGUAUUUGAAAGUUCAUAAUGAUGCACGAGCAAGCGUUGGGAUUCCGCCGCUGAAGUGGGAUGUGAAAUUAGCAAGAAAAGCUCAAAAGUAUUUGAAUAAACUCACCGAACAUUGUCUCAAGGGGAAAUUUCAACCAACCCGAAACCCUUACUCCGGCCAGAAUGUUGCGUGGCAUAUGGCAUCCGAUCACUUUACGGGGGCAAAAGCGGUGGAGGGGUGGGUUGCCGAGAAAAAGUACUACGACCAUAAAUCCAAUUCGUGCAUUGGUGGUGAUUGUGAAUGCUACAUUCAGGUUGUUUGGAGAGACACUACUCAUGUUGGGUGUGGUAGAGUUAAGUGCGAUAAAUGCCAAAUGAGAUGCACUCUUGUUGUUUGUCUUUAUAGUCCUCCAGGAAACGAUGGUGAACGUCCUUACUAG